AGCGGGAUGGGGAUGCCUCAAGGCAGCCACAAUUGUCCCACCUCCGUCCCUUGCCCUUUCCUCCGAGAAUGCUGCCGAACCAGCAAACACAGCAGUGACGGUCAGCGCUUACUCCGCAGUACGCACACGACAUUCCUAACAUGGAAAUGCUCUCCAUCAAUGCUGGCAACGGACGAGCCAAGGUAGCUCCCGUCGUACAUGUACAUACAUACAUACAUGUUCCAAACCAAGGCAAUGUUGAAGUCGGCUCUCUGCUGCCUGGGCUGGACAGCUUUCUCUUGAUCUUGGAGUUGCACGUGGGAAAGCGUGGCGAUGCAGCAAACCUGGGGUUGUGUUGGCGCAUUGGAAUAUGUUUCAUGUUUUUCAGCUCUUCUUUUCCACUGCAGCCACCAACCUUCCGUGGCCCCCGCCUCCCGGUCGGGUUGUGGCCUUUUGUGUGUUUUCCAACAGGCUCCAGCUCAAGUUGGUGGUGCUGUUACCGCCUGCCACCACACCUGGCACGCCGUAGCUGGCUAGUCUCUUGUCCGGCCCGGAGCGAGGGGGCGGCGGGUUUGUGGAGAAAAUGCGCCAAUCGGGGCCGUGGAUGGGAUGGAUUCCUCUCGAGAAACCAACCGCUUCAGGUUCCAACGGUUUUUCUAAACGUGGAAGUGCCAAGAGCCAGCGGACGACCCUCGAUGCAGGCAGAAUGCCGAGAAACACUCGAGGUCCCAAGGUUGGGUCGUCCAUCCCAUCCCACAUUCCUACCCCGCCAAGUUCUUUCGCUGUGCCUCUUUCUUCAGCGAACAAAUGAAGAUUGAUUACAUGGUAAUUGCCCUGGAGAGGGGCCCGAAUGACGCGUUCACAAAGCACCCCCAAACGACGGUGGAACGUGGGAUAGCUGAGGGAGCCAAUAUACAGGUGUUGAACGAUUUCAGCCCCCAUGUGUCAAGCGUUUACUCAGCUAGACCAUUCGGCUCCCUUUACUUCCGAACGACAGAGUCAACCCUGAAGCAGACGUUGGCAGUCGGGAGGGAGAGAAGUUCACCGGUCCCGGAAGCACGACGUGUCUCGAAGACCCUUGGCGUCUCCUCCAUGGAAAAGAGUCGACGGCUCAAGUCUUGUGUGCACUUCAGAUUCCUGCCUACCUAGCGGGUUAGGUUAAGUCCUUCAACAUGGGACCUGUCU